AUGGAGGACUGGGGGUGGUUGUUGGUGGUGCUUAGGGCUGCAGUGCUGCUGGGAGCAGAGAGCGAAGCUCCUCCAGAGAGACCCACGUUUGGAGAUGUCUACCAUGUUGAAGGAACCAUCAGCCUGCCCUAUGCCGAGAUCAGGGAGCCCUUUGAAGCCUGGUACAACCUCACAGGGGAGAAGAGCCGCAUCGAGUAUUACGGCGGGCAAGUGGUCACCUUCCAGUUCGGCUCCAUGGGGCCUUUUGGUGCCAGCUUCAAAGUGACCCCAGAGACCACGGAGACGGAGCUGAACGUCCGCAAAUGUUUCCGCAUCAACGGCACGGAUGGGGAUCUCAUCAUCCCACAGAGUGUCUUCCCCAGCCUGGAGCACUUCAGGCGGGUGCGGGAGGAGCAGUUCCACGGGCAGCACUGCACCGUAUGGCAGAACGUCUCCUACUGGGGCCAUAAGAAGAACGUCUACACGCUGCGGGUGGGCAGCUCGAUGCACGGCCCCGUGCCCCUGCAUUAUGAGGUGCGGGGCUACAACAGCCUGCUGGGCUCCCACUACGACAAAUACGAGAUCGAGUACAGCGCCUUCGGGCACCGCUUCGACCCCAGCAUCUUCCAGCUCCCACACGGUGUGCAGUGUGAGCAGUGGCCCACAGCCGGCCCCGAGCACCGCAUCGUGGCCAACCCCAUGCAGGAGUUUGUGGGGACUGCCCCGGACAUGGAGCGCGUCCACCACCGCCUCUUCCACCGCUAUAAGGAGAGGUUUGGGAAACGCUACAGCAGUGAGGAGGAGCACGAGCACCGCAAGAGAACCUUCAUCCACAACAUGCGGUUUGUGCACUCCAAGAACCGUGCCGCGCUCUCCUACUCGCUGGCGCUGAACCACCUGGCUGACCGCACGCCCCAGGAGAUGGCCGCCAUGCGGGGACGGCGCCGGAGCGGGGACCCCAACCAUGGGCAGAGCUUCUCCAUGCAGCUCUACACCGGUCUCAUCCUGCCCGAGAGCCUGGACUGGAGGCUGUACGGCGCGGUGACCCCCGUGAAGGACCAGGCUGUCUGUGGGUCCUGCUGGAGCUUCGCCACCACGGGGGCCAUGGAGGGGGCCCUCUUCCUCAAGACCGGCGUGCUGACCCCGCUGUCCCAGCAAGUCCUCAUCGACUGCUCCUGGGGCUUUGGGAACUAUGCGUGUGAUGGGGGUGAGGAGUGGAGAGCCUACGAGUGGAUCAAGAAGCACGGCGGCAUCGCCAGCACCGAGUCCUACGGGCCUUACCUGGGACAGAAUGGCUACUGCCACUACAACCAGUCGGAGCUGGUGGCCCCGCUCACCGGCUACGUCACUGUGGAGCCGGGCAAUGCUGAAGCUCUGAAAGCUGCACUGUUCAAGCACGGCCCCGUAGCUGUCAACAUUGAUGCCUCACACAAGUCCUUCACCUUCUACGCCAACGGGGUCUACGAGGAGCCCCACUGUGGGAAUGAGACGUCAGAGCUGGACCACGCAGUGCUGGCUGUGGGCUAUGGCGUCCUGCAUGGCAAGAGUUACUGGCUCAUCAAGAACUCCUGGUCCACCUUCUGGGGCAACGAUGGCUACAUCCUCAUGGCCAUGAAGGACAACAACUGCGGCGUGGCCACUGCUGCUUCCUUCCCCAUCCUGGCUUGAUGGGAUGACGGGACAGCCUCAUGCAGGCACUGUCCCCACUGUGUCCCUCUAUGCAGGCGAGGGGACAGCAGAGGGACACAGGGCUCUGCGAGGUGGCUGUGGGGUGGAGGAAGGCAGACGAUGCUCUGUUGAGGUAUUUUAUCAACACAGCAAUAAACAUCUAUAGAGAAGCGAUCCGUCCAUCCUGCUGGCUGUGCUCUGUCACCCUCGACCCACCUUCAAUGCCCAUCCCCUACACCCGAUGGCAUCCCCUUGUAACUGCUUGUGCAAGGGCUGCAUCUUCCCCCAAAUGGGCUGUGGUGGCAGAGAGCAGCCCUGCCCAACAGCUGCAUCCUUUCUGUGCCCAGCAAAUGGCCCAGGGAGCUGCUGUGCUCCCUCACCACGGAGCCUCGUCCUUCCCUGAUUGCUCCCGAUUGAGGGUGGCAGGUCAUAAUAUUUUCUUGUUUUCCUUCCCUUGUUCACCUGCUUAUUUUACAAUUUGCUGCACUGAUUUCUGAAGUGGUCUUUAAUCAUUCCCAGCAGGGGUGCUGAGUCGAAUUCACGUCUGGGAGAGAAACGAUCACCGUGCAGGAAUAAUGUGGUUUAUUCCGUGGGAGUCUGGGUCUCCAGAUCUUUGAUUCUCUCGGCUGCAGUCAAUAAAACACGCUUUGACUUUCAGGGAACCGUGACUUUCAGGCUCCCUUUGGAUGGGUGAUGCUGUGAAUUUGCUGCUGAACACGCAGGAGGCUCUGGGAGCUGCAGGCUGUGCACCCCCAGAAGCAUUUAUCAGGAGCUGAAAAUUUUGCAUUUGUGGCACUGGGGAAAGCAGAGGCUCCAAGUGGGGGUUGUUGAGCAGGGAUGGGACUUUAAAUUAAGGUCGGUUUGUUUUCUUUGGAAAAGGAUUUAGGGAUGGAGGUGUCUGAGAAGAGGUCUGCUGCUGCAGAACUGCCAUCCCAGAGUAGUUCUGGGGGAAAUGCCCUGGAUUUGGUACUGGAUGGUGAAACAGAGCUGAACUUGGUGUGCUAUGAAGGCAGCGAGUGCUGCCCUGUGUGUGAAACGUGAUUUCACCCCCUCCCUCCCUUCCCCAUCCAGCCCCACAUCAUUACCUGGUGCCUGUAACCACACUGCUGCAGAAGCAAAAGGUGAGAUCUGGGGGUGGCAGGCUGUCCUUUGGCACGGUGGGUCCUCACAUGCCUGGCCACGUGAGCAUGCAUGGCUGGGGAGCAGAGGGCUCUGAGCUUCUCCUCUCAUCUCGGCAAGGACUGUUUCCACUCUGCCAAGCCAGAAGAGGCAGAGCAGGACUUUGUGGUACACUUCCAGUAGGGCUGGCAGCCUCCUGCCUGCCCCUCCGUGACCCCAGGCCGUGUGCCACCACAGUGUCCCCACGACAAGGACACAAACCUGGGGGGGACGAUCCUGGCUCCAUGCUGGGCUCUGACCCACGCGCUCUGAGCCCUGUGCUGGCUGAGACAUGGAGAGAGAUGAAACAGCACAGCCCUCAAACAACACCCCUCCCACACUCCGAGGCUGUUUUGUUCCAGCAAAAUGUGCAUUCUGCGGGUGAGAGCAUCCAGAUCUGCAGGAUCAAUCUGUCCACACGUCCAGAAACUCGGGGCGGGCUGCCUUUGCCAAGGUAAACGAUCCCCUGAGGGAGGGUGGUGGGGAUUUCAGCUGGGUUUGCUUCUCGCCCUGCCCUGGGCUGUGCUGGAUGCUGCAUUUCCCUCCAGAGACAGCUGUGCUCCGGCACAGACCUCUGUGCAGCAAUGCCAGGUGGCCACAAAACACUCUCCAGCCCCAAAGCUGGCUGCCUUUCAGCGCCGGAUGAAUUAUCUGUGAAAACCUCUGGUGGCUCGCACAAAACAAGGUAAUUAUUCAGAAAGCAGGGGGACACGGAGAGAGCCAGCAUCUGAAAAUAUUAUCUGUGAGUGAUUUAGAGAACCACAGACAGAGCCGGAGAACAGCAGCUGGAUCAAAGCGGGUUUGGCAAUUCCUUGGUUCCCAGAUGCUCCAUCCGAGCGGGGCUCUCAUGAACUCCCAGUUGGGGUCAGGGCUCCUCGGGUCACUCUGCGGACAGCAGUGUUGCACAGCCCUUUGGCUUUAUGAUGACAAAGAGUACGAUUCGGGGCAGAAAAGCUUGCUUUUUUGCCACAGAAACCACAGCAUUUGGGGGCACAAGCGAUCAUGUCCAGAAAGACCCAAGUGAUUGCAAGACCUCUGCAAGACAGUUUGCUCAAAGCUGCGCUGUUGCUAACGAGGCUAUCCUGGAAAAUCACUGAGGCAGUGGCUUUUUAAACGUUUCUUCUUACACUUCCCUCAGUAGCAGCUUUACAAACGCUCUUCCUUAGCCAAACGUCCUUCCCUUGGCGACUGUGACUGCUCUGGCAGGUUUGUUGUUCUAAAAUGAACCGCUCCUCUUGCUCAGCUCGAGAGAUUUGCAACCCACCUCUCUCCCUCCAGACUUUUUGGAGGUUUCAUUCCUUGUAACGAACCGCUCGCGGCGUUUACGUCUUCCAGGUGUGCUGUCAAACCCUUCCGAAAGUCCUCCACCUCCACCCCAUUUCCCUAAGAAACCGUUCUCAGAGCAUCCCAGCCCCCUGGGCAACGAGGAGGGUUUUGUUUAACGCUACCCACCGCCUCUGCCAAGCUCUGCCUUCUGCUCUCACCCACCGCUACUUCCCAAUCACCAUCCAGCACGCAGCACAGUGCAACAAAUUUCAUGAAAUUAAGUAUUUCUCCUACACACAGCAUAUUUGCCCGGUGAUUAUAACUAGUCCCCGAGGUAGCCAAGCACAGCAGAAUUUCAGUUUAAUAUGCACACCCACGCAGCCUUACUAAAAACCCAAGACACUCCCCCGGUCCUUCUCGGGAAAGGCUGAGCACUGCGGUGAGCAUCUCCUGUUUCAGCUUCACCACUUGCACAAACCACGCCUGGGAAUGCUCCGUGAUCCACUGUACAAAAAACCAAAAAGGUGGAGAAAUAAAGUUUCCCAAAGAUUUCAAGGUAUCCCUGAUGGCCCAACAGUGAGAGGGGUUUGAGAACUCAGGAAUGUCAGACAAAACAGACACGCAGCAACUGGAUCACACGCUGCUGUGCCUUUAUGAACACAACCACCAGUAGUUGCUGCUUUAUGCGUUUGCUUUGUCUUGGAUUUACAGAGUGAACUUUUAACUCCAAAGUGCUUUAAUUCCCUCAUUUGUUUGGGCAGGCAGCAGGGCUGUACGUUCGCAGCACCUGUGAAUGUCACACUGUAAAAAUGACAAAGACUCCAUUUAAAACACAGAGCAAUUCCCCACUGUUUGCACAGCAGAUGGUUUGCCCUCACCUCACACCCAUAGCAAAACAGAGGCAAUUUUCCCAACGGCGCAAGCUGCAGACCGCAGCACCCAACCCGGGGUGUAAACACAGCAAGCUGCAAUUUGCAUUGCCUAUCCUGCCCCAAACGUGAGAUCCACCCCUGCAGAUCACAGCUUGCCUCGGCUGCGCCUGGGGCUUGAAGACGUGCAACUGCCCUCACAGCAACCACCGACUUCUGCAGUUGGUGCAAAAAGGGAAACAACCCCGCGAGGAAGUUCUCCUUUUGCUGCAGAUGCCACCCCCUGCCUCACUCUCCCUUCCUUUUCCUCCAAUUCAUACAUCCAACCCUUUAAGCACAGCUGCGGCUGCACUACAGCAUCCAUCAGCCACCUCCUGGCUCUACUUUUGGGCUGAGCAACCCUGCAGCCUCCUGCUUCUCUUCCUCUAGCCCUCACUCUCUCUCAGCACCCCAUGCCCUGAGCCCUCCCCUCCCACCCUCACACAGGACAGCUAUGGCUCUCACUGAGCCUCGGUGAUGCCUUUCCCCAUCCUUCAGCCCUUGGUCCAGUCUUGGCCCUGCCCUCGUCUCUGGGCAGACCCAGACCCAGGCUGAGAACCAGACCCUGUUUCCUGCCCUCACCCUCCUCCACCUUUUGCACAUACUGGCCCCUGGCCAGGUCCGGCCUGGCUCAGCCCCUGCACUCAGCCCCAGCCCGGCCCAGCUCAGUCCCUGCCCGCACUCCUGCAGGCCCUGCCCACCCUCUGCCCUCAGCCCCAUCCUGCCCCACUUCCGCU